AUGAUGUGGAAACUAUCGAACUCUCAAGAUGAUUGGGCCCUAUUUUUCAAAGCUAAAUAUACAAAUAAACAUGGGCAGUGGAAUACCAACUGGAAGUUAUCUUCAGUUUGGAAUGGUUUGAAAUGGGCAUGGCAAUCUUUACAAGAUGAUUUAAAAUGGAAUGUGGGUGAUGGAAAGUCAAUCUCAGUAAGGUUUGAUAAUUGGAUAGGAGAUUCUCCUCUUAUAAAUAUCAUGGUCCAAUCUCAGUUUGUGGAAAAUAACAUCAAUAUGAAAGUUGCUGAAAUCUUAAACAAUGGUAAUUGGUCCAUUCCAGAGGAAAUCAAGAAUGCAAUAACAUCUUUCAGUCUGCCUGAUGUUAGUGGCAUGGAUGAUGAAUUAUGUUGGAAAGUAACCCUCUCAUGUGAAUUCACAAUUUCAGCUGUUGUUAACAAAAUCAUACUAAGAGAAGAAAAAGUGCAAUGGUCUAAAUACAUAUGGAAUGCUUUUCUACAUCUCAGUAUUGCAAGCAAUGUGUGGAAGCUACUUCAGGGGAUAUAUAUUGAUGAUACAAAAAUGGUUAAAAAUGGGUAUGCCAUGGUUUCCAGAUGCUGCAUAUGUGAAGAAGCUGAAGAUAAUAUGAGCCAUCUAUUGUGGGACUGCAAAUUCAGUUUGGCUAUAUGGGCUUGGUUAUGUAAUAUUUUCAACUUCUCCAUGCCAAAAAACUUUGAAGAUGUUUGGAGAUGUGCAGAAACUAAAAUCUCAUUGAUUCAACAUGUAUGGAUUAGAGCUGCUUGCUUCACCUUAAAAGAGUUUUGGUUUCAAAAGAAUGAGAGAUUUUUUGAAGAAAUCAAACCUGAUAUUUCAAAGUUCAAAUGCAAACUGCUUAAAACAAUUUUUGAACAUAGUAUUAGGCUUAAAGGCAGCAAAUGGAAUCAAGUCUAUGAUAACCAAAUCAUCUCUUUUUUCAAGCUGGGACCAAGAUUUUCAAGAUAUCAAUGUAUUACAGCUUGUCAGCGGUAUGCUCCUGAAUUGGAAUUCACUAUGUUUUGCUGUGAUGGAGUUUCUUUUGGUAAUCCUGGAGCAGCUGGCUUUGGCAUUGUAAUUAGAGACCAUUUUAAUCAAGUUUUUGGUGCAAUAACUGGAGGGUUGGGGACUUCAACAAAUUAUAUUUCUGAAGUAUAUGCAGUAGUCAAUGCAGCUGAAUUGGCAGUGACCUGGAACUUGCAAAAGAUUAUUAUAACUUCUGAUUCUAAUACAAUAGCUAAUCAAUUUGAAAAUAAUCAUAUUCCUUGGUUUGUCAGAACAAGAUGGAGGAAUGCGAUUAAAAAUAUUUCAGUCAUCAGGUUUACCCACAGCUUAAGAGAAAUCAACUUCUCAGUUGACUGUGCUGCCAAAAGGGGAGCUUCUUUAUAG